GCGGCGGGCCGGAAGCACGCGUGGGGAAGAUGGCGGACUGCGGCGGCUGGGAGAGUUUGCCGCUCGGGCUCCACCCGCGGGUCCUCGAGUCGCUGCGGGAGCUGAGCUUCACUCACAUGACGCCGGUGCAGUCUGCAACCAUUCCCCUGUUUAUGAACAACAAGGAUGUAGCAGUAGAGGCGGUGACCGGCAGUGGGAAAACCUUGGCUUUCGUCAUUCCAACUUUGGAAAUCCUUUUAAAGCGCGAGGAGAAGUUAAAGAAAAUGCAGGUUGGGGCUCUCAUUAUCACUCCCACCCGGGAGCUGGCUGUCCAGAUCGAUGAGGUGUUCAGACAGUUCACAGUGCACUUCCCACAGUUCAGUCAGAUUCUCUUAAUUGGUGGAAGGAAUCCAAUGGAAGACGUGGAGAACUUCAGGAAGCAUGGAGGGAACAUCGUGGUGGGUACUCCUGGCCGUCUGGAGGACAUGUUGAGGCGACGAGCGGACGGGGUGGAGCUGGCCGGAUGUGUGAGGAGCCUGGACGUGCUGGUGCUGGACGAGGCUGACCGACUGCUCGACCUGGGCUUCGAGGCCAGCUUGAACACCAUCCUGGGCUUGCUGCCGAAGCAGCGGAGGACGGGGCUGUUCUCGGCCACACAGACAGACGAGGUGGAGUCGCUGGUGCGUGCAGGGCUGCGUAACCCAGUCCGUAUCACAGUCAAGGAGAAGGGGCUGGCGGCAGAGAGCACACAGAAGACACCGAUCCGCCUGCACAACUACUACACGAUCUGUCGAGCUGAUGAGAAGUUUAACCAGUUAGUUGCCUUCCUCCGUCAGCACAAGAAACAGAAACAUCUGGUGUUCUUCAGUACGUGUGCCUGUGUGGAAUAUUUUGGGAACACCCUGGGCAAGUUGGUGAAGAAUGUGCAGAUCAUGUGCAUCCAUGGCAAAAUGAAGCACAAACGGCAAAACAUCUUCAUGGAAUUUCGGCAGCUGGAAAGUGGCGUCCUGGUCUGCACUGACGUCAUGGCCCGCGGCAUCGACAUUCCAGAGGUGGACUGGGUGCUGCAGUACGAUGCCCCCAGCAGCGCCAGUGCCUUUGUCCAUCGCUGUGGACGAACUGCUCGCAUUGGUCACCAUGGCAACGCCCUGGUGUUCCUGCUCCCCAUGGAGGCGACUUACGUCAACUUCCUUUCCAUCAACCAGAAGUGUCCAAUGCAACAGAUGAAGCUGUUGAAGGAUUCUGUGGACGUGUUGCCAAGUCUGAAGAAGUUGGCUGUAUCGGACCGGGCUAUCUUUGAGAAAGGAAUGAAGGCCUUUGUGUCUUUUAUUCAGUCCUACGCAAAACACCAGUGCAGCUUGAUAUUCCGCAUGAAAGAUCUAGAUUUUGCAGCACUGGCCAGAGGCUUUGCUCUCCUUAAACUGCCCAAGAUGCCCGAGAUGAGAGGAAAGAAUUUCCCAGGUUUUACACCCGAGGAUAUUGACACCAAUUCCAUCCGAUACAAAGACAAGAACAGGGAGAAACAGAGGCAGAGGCUGUUGGCACAACAAAAGCAGGAGAAGCAAAAUGAAACCAAAAAGAAAUUUGUGAAAAAUAAGCCUUGGUCAAAGCAGAAAACCAAGAGAAACAAGAAGAGAAAGCAGGCCAGCAAAAGGAAGCUGUCUGAUGAUGAGGACGACAUCGAUGAACUGCUGAAUGACACCAGAUUACUGAAGAAGUUAAAGCAGGGCAAGAUCAGCAAGGAAGACUUUGAGAAGCAGCUGACAGGAACGUGAAUCGUGGCUGAAGUGGACAUUUGUAAUAUUCUGUGAAUAAUUCCUUCAGCAGUUUGUUUUAUUUUAAAACACAUUAAAUUCCAGGUUUAAUAUAACAACUUGC